AUGCUGAGGCUGACAGAUCGCAGUUGUAGUGGUCUCUGGGGACUUGAUAAACACUGCUGCCUACGUAUUCGCUUCAGCCGUGCUGGUCACCUCAUUUGGAGGUUUGAGUAUACUCAUUGGCGCCUCAAUGGGCUCAUUGUUUCUCAAGGAAAAGGUAAUUUUCCUUGGGAAACUCGGAUGCGCUGCUUGUAUCUUGGCUCAGUAUUGCUAGUGCUCCAUGUGCCGGGCGACAAGGAUAUCAAGACCAUUGAUGAGAUCCUGCAACUGGCGAUGAACCUUGUUCGCAAUCCUUCCGCUGAGCGAGCCAACCCAUUGGUAUAUAUUUCGAUAUGCUCUUCAGUCGGAUCCGUGCCUGUGAUGUCGUUCACAGCGUUUGAGAUCGCAGUAAAGCUCACUACUGGUGGUCACAACCAGUUCCCUCAUGCCAGACCUAUGUCUUCGUAUUAA